AAACGUACAUCUCCACAUACUCUAUGAGCUAACACACACAGAAAAACCAAGAAAAAAUAAACCCAUUGCAGAAAAAAGGUUAGAGAAAGUGUGAGAGCACACGAAAUGGCAAGAACACAUAUCAUUUUCCUUCUUCUUGUAGCUCUUGUAUCGACUACAUUUUCAUCAUCUACUUCUUCAAGUUCAAGAGAGCAAGAGAAGGAUAGAAUCAAAGCACUUCCAGGGCAGCCAAAAGUCGCAUUCUCGCAAUACUCAGGGUAUGUCAAUGUUAACGAGUCUCACGGUCGUGCUCUCUUCUACUGGCUGACUGAGUCAUCUUCUCUUUCUCCCCACACCAAACCCCUUCUUCUUUGGCUCAAUGGAGGACCGGGAUGUUCGUCGAUUGCUUAUGGAGCUUCAGAGGAGAUUGGACCGUUCCGUAUCAACAAAACCGGUUCUAAUCUCUACCUUAACAAGUUCGCUUGGAACAGAGACGCAAACCUUCUGUUUUUGGAAUCACCGGCCGGAGUUGGAUAUUCCUACACAAACACAAGCUCUGAUCUUAAUGAUUCAGGCGAUGAACGAACAGCUCAAGACAACUUGAUAUUUCUUAUCAAAUGGUUAUCGAAAUUCCCCCAAUACAAAUACAGAGACUUUUACAUCGCUGGUGAAAGCUACGCUGGGCAUUAUGUUCCUCAGCUAGCCAAAAAGAUCCAUGACUACAACAAAGCUUUCUCCAAACCUAUCAUCAAUCUCAAAGGAUUCAUGGUGGGAAACGCGGUUACGGACAAUCAGUACGACAGCAUCGGAACUGUAACCUACUGGUGGACUCACGCAAUCAUCUCCGACAAAACCUACAAGUCAAUUCUCAAAUACUGCAACUUCACGGUGGAGAAAGUUUCCGACGAUUGCGACACCGCGGUUAACUAUGCCAUGAACCACGAGUUUGGUGACAUUGAUCAGUACAGCAUUUACACCCCAAUGUGCGUGGCUGCAUUACAAAAGAAGAACAAUACUGGUUUCUUUGUACGGAUGAAGAACACACUCUUGCGUAGACGGUUAGUGUCUGGGUACGAUCCUUGUACUGAGAGUUACGCAGAGAAGUAUUUCAACCGUCGCGAUGUUCAGAGAGCUAUGCACGCUAAUGUCACUGGAAUUCGCUAUAAAUGGACAGCUUGCAGUGAUAUUCUGAUCAAGAAAUGGAAAGAUUCUGACAAGACAAUGUUGCCCAUAUACAAGGAACUUGCAGCGUCUGGUAUGAGGAUCUGGAUUUUCAGCGGUGAUACAGAUUCGGUGGUUCCAGUGACCGCCACCCGGUUUUCCCUGAGCCAUCUCAAUCUCCCGGUGAAAACUCGUUGGUAUCCUUGGUACUCUGAUAACCAGGUGGGAGGAUGGACAGAGGUUUACCAGGGAUUGACCUUUGCAACAGUAAGAGGGGCGGGCCACGAGGUGCCACUAUUCGAACCGAAGCGUGCCCUUGUUCUUUUUAGAUCAUUCUUGGCCGGAAAAGAGCUUCCAAAAUCUUAUUAGUUACUUCAGUAACCUAAACAUAGAGUAAGAGAAAAUGUCCCCAGAGGCACAAUUUGGCAACCAGAUUAGGAACCUAUUCCGAGUAAACUCGGAUUUCUUCUAUUUCCUAUUUUUCCGUUAAAAGCUCGAUUCAUUUCCAAAAUUUGGAAACAACAAAACGAUUUGAGAGCAUUUGAGUAAUUGUUGAUAUUCAAAGAAGUACAAAGGUUCAAAUAUCUCUCUUUAAUUUAUCAGAACAGAGCUUUUUUU